CAAGACGUCAUUGGACCAUAAGCACUGCUAAUUUCCACAAGCUACCUUUCGCUGUUUCCAAUGACCUGCCAUAGGAGAAAUUAUUGGUUGUUUCCAGUGAAUUGAGCAGGAAAAGUUGCUGUAAAUAUCGGUGGGCAGUUUCUGGGUAGUUUCCAGUUAUGCACAGAGUCAAUUCCAUAGUCUCCUCCCUUGUUGUUUGCUUUUCUCACUGGAAAUCAGUUUCUCUCUUGCUGGGUUUCGAUGGCCUCCUCUGCAUCUCUUCUAUCAUCCGCUGAAUCAUCAACCGCUCGUUUGUCGAUGCACGGUGUGUUUUUGAGUUUCAGGGGUCCUGACACUCGAAGGAGUAUUACAUCUGAAUUAUAUGAGCGGCUGCAUAAACAAAGAGGAAUCAAAACAUUCAUGGAUGAUCAAGAUCUUGAAGUAGGAGAUCCUAUAUCUCCCACUCUACUAAAAGCAAUUGAAGAAUCAAGGUUUGCAAUUGUUGUCCUUUCUCCAAACUAUGCCUCUUCUACUUGGUGUUUGGAGGAACUUGCGAAGAUCUGUGAGUGCAUGAAAGACCAGAACAGAAUUCUUCCACUUUUCUAUAAUGUCGAGCCUACUGAUGUAAGACAUCAAAAGGGAAGUUUUGAAGAAGCUUUCAGCAAAUACGAGAGGCGUAGAUCAGAGAAGGUCCAGCAGUGGAGAGAUGCUUUAAACAAAGUGGCCAGUUUCACUGGGUGGCAUACAAAGAAUUAUAAGACUGAUAGAGAACUUGUGGAGGAAAUUGUGGAUUCUGUGUGCAACAGAAUACAACCUUUUGAAAUUGACUCGACAUUGGCCACCGGAGAUUUUGAAGAGUUUGAAGCAACAAAAAAAGCCAUGGAUCAGGUUAUGAAGGUGCUUCAAGAUGUUGACGUCCCUGCCGUCGGGGUCUACGGAAUGGGAGGCGUCGGCAAGACAACCCUGGUAAAACAUGUUGGUGCAGAAGCCCGAAAAACAGGGAUUAUUCAUUAUGCGGUUAUGGCUGUUCUAUCCCAAAGCCCAGACAUAGCAAAGAUUCAAGGCACAUUGGCAGAUAUGUUGGACGUUAAAUUGGAGGGAGAGACAGAAUUUGGAAGAGCUGUUAGAUUGAAGAGAGAGAUAAUGAGAAGAGAAAAAAUCCUUAUAAUCUUGGACGAUCUAUGGGAUAAAAUAGAGUUGUCAAAGAUAGGGAUUCCCAGCUACAAGGAGCUUCAAAAGUUCAAGUCCAAAGUGCUAUUCACAACAAGGAAAUUAAAAGUCUGUCAUGCCAUGAAGUGCCAAGAAAAGAUCAACCUCAACAUUCUCUCAGAAAGAGAUUCUUGGAACUUGUUUCUGAGAAAAGCAGGAACAAUUCCUCUCGAGUCCCAGAACGUGGCGAGGAAGGUAGCUGGAGAAUGUAAGGGUCUACCGAUUGCAUUAAUAGCUGUUGCAAGGGCACUCGGAGAUGAGGACCAGGAGGAAUGGGAUGAGGCAGCUAAACGACUAGAGCAGUCCAAAUAUGUCAAUCCCGACCAUGAGGACGAUGAGGAAAAUGCAUUCAGAUGUAUACGAUUAAGCUAUGAUUACUUGAAAAAUGAAGACCACAAGGCAUGCUUCUUGCUCUGUUGCUUGUUCCCAGAAGACGAUGACAUCAAAAUAGAAGACUUGUUCCGGUACGCGAUCGGAAAAAGAUUGUUUCGAGAUGAUAAUACAAUGGAAUUAGCCAGAGGAAGAGUAGUUACAGUGGUGAAGUACCUGAAAGGUUCGAGCUUGCUUUUGGAUAGCGAGCAAAAAGGAUGUGUAAAGAUGCAUGAUGUCAUCCGGGAUACAGCCAUUCAAAUUGCGAAAUCUGAAGAUGGGUUUUGGGUGAAAGCUGGCUAUGGUUUAAAGGGUUGGCCACACGGAUUAGAUGAGGAUUGCACUGCUAUUUCACUAAUGAGGAACACAAUUCGCAAGCUACCUGAAGAAGAGUUGUCUCCUCACCAACCUCCAAGCUUUGCAUUUAGAUGA